GGCUGCCUGAUGUAACGGCGGUUUAUCCUCCGCCUUCGUCUUAGUUAAAUCCCCGCCGGUCCACUUUGUUUCCUGGAACAUCAUUCUGAGUGUAACGGCGGUCUUUAGACGGGAUUUCUCGAUUCGACCGAAGCUUUUUCCCUCAAAUCCGCGCAGAUGUUGACAUGGCCGCGAAGACAGACCAACUUCUCAUUGUUGUGUCCAUCCUGGAAGGUCGUCAGUUUCCAAAGAGCCCCCGCCUCAGUCUGGAGGUGCAGGCCAGCUUCGAUGGCGAGCAGCUGUCCACGGACCCGGUGGAGCACCGCGAGCAGCCGCAGUUCGGCACCGAGCUGGCCUGGGAGCUGGACCGCCGGACGCUGCACCAGCACAGGCUGCAAAGGACUCCCAUCAAGCUCCAAUGUUUCACCCUCGACCCCAGCAGUAAGAAGAGGGAGAACGUGGGCUACAUCAUCCUGGACCUGCGCUCCGUCCAAGAGGUGCAGCAGGAGCCGCGCUGGUACCCGCUGCUGAGCAGCAAAUACACCAAACAGAGGCCGGCCCUCCUCCUCAGCCUGAUGCUCGAGAGCGACUCCAAGCCCCCCCAAUCCUCCCCCGACAGAUUUAAGGCCAAGAAGGCCCCGCCCCGACAAGGCUCCUCUUCAGUGACUGAUCUGCUCCCUGACAAGCUGGAGGCCGUGCUGAUCUCAGACCAAGGUUACCAUCAGGUGGGACCUCCAGAUCGCUGCGUGGACAUGUUCGUGCUGUCCGUCACCCUGGCGUUUGCCUCCAGGCUGGAGCAGUUGGUUCCGAGCUCCAUGAAGCUGCCGACAGCAGACUCCGGUUUCUUCUUCUACUACUCUUUACUCGGCAACGACAUCACCAGCGAGCCUUUCCACAACCUGCUGAGUCCCGACUUUGAGCCGGAGCGCGCCUCUGUGCGCAUCCGCAGCAGCAAGCAGAUCCUGCAGACCUUCCUGUCGCAGCAGCCCGGCCUGCAGGUUCACCUGUGCUGUGGUAAUCACUCCCUCGGCAGCACAGACGUGUCUCUCUCGCGUUUGGCUGCAGUUUCCAUUGACCUGGAGAAGUCGUCGGCGACAGUGGAGGGCGUGUUUGUUCUUUGUCCGCCAAAACGCACAAAACUGCCUGCACUGCCCCCCGACCUGCAGCCCACCGUCGGAGUGGCUGUUACUUUGAGGAGGGAGGAGCUUCCUGUACAGUCUGCAGCAAAGCCUCCUUCUCCUCCAGCUGAGCGCAGACAUCAGAGCUACUCCUCAGUCCAGAAACCUCCUGAGCGCUCUCCUCCUCCUCCACUGUCACCUCACACAGAGAGUGAAGCAGAGAGUCUGCAGGAGGAACUCCAGAGGGAGCAGGAUGGAGCAGCAGGUCCAGCUGCACAUGUUGAACCUGCUCCUCAUGCUCCACCCAAGGCUCCACCUGCAGCUGCAGCGGAGGGCGGAGCCUCAUCCGUCAGCGUGUCUGCUCCCAAAGUGUCCAUUCCCUCCUCCGCUCAUCACUAUUGCUUCUCUCUGGACCUUCACAGUCUGGGAAAGCUCAGCCUGCCUCAUCCCAUCUCAGCAAUGCUCAGGUAUUCGUACCAGUUCUUUGGCAGCGCCGCCCCCAUCAUGACAAACCCUCCCGUGGAGCUGCAGAGGAACAUGGAGGCGGCUCUGCCGCAGUCCUACUGCGCCUUCAACUUUGCUUCUCUGCCCCAGCAGCUGCAGAACACCUUCCUCAGAGUCCCUCUGGUGGUGGAGCUCUGGCACAAGGGCACCACCAGCAGUGACGAGCUGUUCGGACGAGCCUCCAUCCAGCUCUCCCACCUGCUGAGCACAGAGAAGACGAGGUUCACGGGCCCAACCGGAGAGCCAGGCUGGAGGCAGAUCUACCAGGACCGGAUCGCUGUGGUCCACGUGCAGCGGCCCACAGAGAAGGUUGCAGAGCUGAGCUAUGUGGCAACUCUGGAGGACCUGGGCUUCAUCAAAGCCAAGCAGGUGGAGGUGUUGGACUCCUCACAGAAUGAAGUUCCACUACAAACAGUUCCUCCAUCUCUUCCACCAACGCUCAGACCUCCAGCGUCUAGCCCGUCACAGGCGCCCGCAGCCCCCAGAGACACCCUGGAGUACCGCACAGCUCUGGAGCUGGAGCUGUGGAAGGAGGAGCAGGAGGAUCUGUUUGAUGAUCAGCUGCGGAUGAAGGAGCUGCGGCACAUGCAGGCGCUGGCAGAGGAGUGGAGGAGGAGGGACGCAGAGAGGGAGGCGCUGGUCAAGAAGAAGGAGACGGAGUACAACCGGUUGGAGGAGCGGCUCCAGAAGACUCUGUCGGACCUGGAGAGGAGAGAGAAGGAGCUGGCUGAGGCUGAGCUGCAGACUCAGCGCCUGCAGAGGGAGCUGCGGGCCGAGCACGAGCUGACCCAGAAGGAGCUGCAGGAGAGCAGCAGGAGGCUGCAGCGUGAGUGCGACCAUCGGGUGGCGCUGGAGAAGGAGAAGGUCCAACUAAUGGAGGAUGAGCGAGCCCGGCUGCUGCAGCAGAUUGCAGACGGAGAGUCUCGAUUCAAACAGCUGGAGAAGGAGUUUCAGCUCUUCAGAGAGCAGCAGAACGUCAGGCCCGAGUUCAGGCUGCAGUCCGAGAUCAACCUGCUCACCCUGGAGAAGGUGGAGCUGGAGAGGAAGCUGGAGUCCACCACCAAGUCCAAGCUUCACUACAAGCAGCAAUGGGGGCGCGCCUUAAAGGAGUUGGCUCGCAUCAAACAGCGGGAACAAGAGAACGCCAUGACACGCCUGAAGAAGCAGCAGGCAGAGCUGGAAGCACUGAGGCUGCGUUACCUAGCAACGGAGGAGAAGGAGGCGGUCCAGCAGGACAAACAGGAGCUGCAGAACAUCCGGAAUGAGCUCAACAGAUUGAAAAACAAGGAAGAAAAGAUUGGCCCCUCCUCUUCAGAGCCUGACCCCUCCCACAGCCUAAAUGAAAGUGCAGAGGAGCACCUUAGCCGGCUCCUGGAGGAGAGAGACACACUGCUGCGGACAGGAGUCUACACGCAUGAAGACCGGAUCAUCGCCGAGCUCAACAGACAGAUCCAGGAGGCCAUGAGGGACAGAGGGACACACGGCUGAGGCUGCAGCCAAUCACAGGCAGGGACAGGAAGGAAAGUAGCGAAUAGCUGCCGACUCAGGUGUGUCUCCUGAUUCGGGGGAAACAUUUUCUUUAGCUUCUUUCAGAAGCUCGGAACUCUGCGGACAGAUACAAACAGUUUCAGAAGCAAAUGUCUUAAAUAUUAUUUAUUUUGUCAUCAGACUCGUAGCUAAUUUGUACAAGUAAAUGAUUAAAUCAGAUAAGAAUU